AUGGCCAUGGCUGAGGCUACUCAGCCGUCUGGGGAUCGAGUCAAUCGGACGGCGUAUAACCUGGCCUUCGACACGCCGUUGCCCUUUUUUCAGCAUCUGAAUCAGUCACCCAGCGGAGCGGAUAUGUUCGCGGGGUAUAUGAGUAGUCUGGAUGUUGCGGGGGGUACCGCGCAGCAUCAUCUUCUAAGGGCGUUUGAUUGGGCGGCGCUGGGUGAUGCUCAUGUUGUUGAUCACGCACUUCCCACGCCUCCGCUUCACGGUGCAGGACCUCCCCGCCGUGAUCCACCAAGCCCAAGCCCAAGCCCAAGAUCCAACCCUAACCCCGAACCCAUCCCCAUCCCCAUCCCCAAUCCCACCCACCGACCUAACCCCAAAAUCCACCUCACCCCCCACGAUUUCUUCACCCCCCAACCCCCUCCCAUCGCCCAAACCGCAAACAUCUACCUCCUCCGCCGCAUCCUGCACAACUGGCCCGACCACCACGCCAUCCAGAUCCUGCAGCAUCUCGUAGACGCCAUGUCUACGAAGAUAUCCUUGGACAGGCAGACCCAGCACUCAGGCUCAAAGUCGCCGCCACAGCCACCGCUGCUCUUCAUCAUGGACACCAUCCUCCCGGCCUCCCCGGGCGAAAUCACUGCUUAUCAGGAGGGUCUCCUCCGCAUGAGAGAUCUGGUGAUGGGGCAGAGUUUUAAUAGUGGGGAGCGGGGGUGGGAGGGGUGGGUGCGUCUUCUACGGGCGACGACGCCGCCGUUGAGGGUUGUGAGGCCCGUUGUUAAGCCGGUGGGGAGUCAUAUGUCGGGGUUGGUGCUGGGGGUUGAUGUUGAUGUUGCUGUUGAUUUUGAUUUUGAUGGGGUGGGUGGGGAGGAGGGGAUUUGGAGUGUUAGAUUCUUUUUCCUUUCUAUUAUUUAA